AUGCAUGAGCGUGGGAUCCGUGGUAUUUUCUCAUUAAUCACACACAAUGGGCUCCAAAAAUACAGAGGUGUAUCUUGUCGACCCGCUCUCGGCUCACCCGGUGCUUUCCGCGCGAAGGAGCCUAGGCACAGCAUCCCCCGACGGAGCAUCAUAACAGCCCCCAAUAAGUCGCUUCAUGUGAUGUCCGAGACCGAGAUGAGCCAGGAAGUAUCAUUCAACCAGAAGGUGUUUGACCUGUCCCUGGCUCUAUCCAGAAGUCGCAUGAAUGACGCCACCGAGCUGCGGUGCAUGCUGUUGAACGUGGAUGGCUCCGUCAAGUACUCCGACAUGAGAGGUACCAAGGCGACGGUAGCUAAGCAAUAUGGCCUGGACGGGCGGGAUCUGAGAAAUGUGGAUCUUGUUUCUGAAGGUAUCCCGCAUAUCUUGGUUCGCCCGUCCACCAUCUUCAUCAGCAUGUUCAAUCUGCGCCUGCUCGUGCGGUCGGACGGGGUACUUUUGUUCAAUUUGCCAAUUGAAGAUACCGACAUCAAAAUCCAAGAUGUCUUUCUGAAUGAUUUGCAACACAGGCUGCAACAUACCUCUGGCACCGGUGUCUUAACACAACUCCCAUUCGAGCUUCGGGUAGUUGAUGCAGCCCUUGCCUCGGUGAUUGCCGUCCUAGAAGCAGAGCAUGUGCUGAUCCGAGGCGAAGUGGAAGAAAGUCUGCGUGACUCGACGCGAGAAGAUAUCGUCCACUCGGUUCUGCGCGGGCUGCAGGACCACGGUAAACGGCUGGUUGCCAUUGAGCAACGCGCACGACAGGUUCGAUCCGCGCUGCAGGAGCUGCUUGGAAAUGAUCAGGAUAUGGCCACCAUGUAUUUGUCCGACUACCAGUCUGGCAGGCCACAUACGGUCGAGGAUCACCAAGGUGUGGAAUACCUUAUAGAGGCAUACUAUAAGAACACAGAUGCAAUUGCGGAGUCGGCGAGCGCAUUGCUGGGGGAUGUGAAUCGCACCACCGACACCAUUCAAUCGAUCCUGGAUGUCCGGCGCAACCAGAUUAUGAUAUUCGAAGCGCAGCUCGAGAUUUGCAUGCUUGGAUUCGCGGUCUCAACUUUUGUGGCGGGCCUGUUUGGAAUGAAUGUGGUCAACGACUUUGAAGAGAGCACGUCAGCAUUCGCAGUACUCGUUGGCGCCUGUGUGGUAGGCACUGCCAUGAUUGCACGAUAUGGGAUGUGGAAGCUCAACAAAUUCCGCAAGCUGCAAUUUUAG